CUGUAAUGUUACCUUUACUUUGGUUUAACGUUCCCAUUUGUUUUUGGUCCUACCAAAUCAUGCGUGAAUGCCAUGGUCACGUGUAUCGCCAAGUUCGAUUUCAAAAAAAGGGGGGUGGGCGGUAUUCCAAAAUGGUAGUUGUAACAAGGAUCUUUGAUAAUGGCUGACGAAAGCCGAGUAAAUUUGUUGGCGGAUUCCACCACAUUACAGCCGGACCUUGAACAAGGUAGUGUUGGCCAAGGUGGCAGGUCUAAUCAGCCGGGUCUUAUUAGAGAAUACUUUGAAUCAUCUAGCCACCCUAUUGCUCUGCUAUUCUUUAUUGCCUUCAGGCUUGGCGCGCUGUUGACAUACCUACUGGGAUCCAUAUUCACCGACAAUUUCACACUGAUAUUUGUAAUCACAAUAUUGCUUCUUGCAUUCGACUUUUGGACAGUCAAAAAUGUAUCUGGAAGGAUUUUGGUCGGAUUACGCUGGUGGAACGAGAUUCAAGAAGACGGAACGAACAAAUGGGUAUUUGAGAGCGCCAAUCCCAAUCGCGCCGGAAAUGCAAACGAUUCACGAUUGUUUUGGACGGUUCUUUAUGCUACACCUGUCCUUUGGAUCUUGCUGGCCUUUACUUGCAUCUUCACUUUCAAAUUCGCAUGGCUGGUCAUCGUCGUCGUGGCUAUCAUUCUCAAUCUCGCUAAUGUGUACGGUUACACGCAGUGUGAUAAAGAUGCCAAAAGAAAAUGGGCAACUGGGCUUGCUGCACAAUCAGCAUUUGGAACUCUCGGUGGCAGCGUUGGAGGUUUUGCUGGAAAAAUGUUCACUUCUGGUGUCAGUAGCAUGUUCACUUCUCGAGGUUAGAGUAGAUAUUGUUAUAGCUCCCCAUUCUUUUUGCUUUUGUUUAAUAGAGAGAACAUUACCAUUUUCUUCACGAUCGUGUCACCGUGAGCGUCUGACAUCACCCCCAAGAAAUGUUGGACGACCAAGGUCAAGAAUUAGGUAUUCUGGUUGCACCAUCAGAGAAGACCCGAAUAGGAAUUCAUUUCACACCAGACCUUUGCGCAGUUCACAAGCGACUUUUCUUGUACAUGUCCCUUCCCAAAGUAAUACAGAAUAUUCAAACGAUAUCACUCGGGC